AUGACGGCAGCUGUGGCCGAGCCUGGCGUGCGAUACCAUUGCGACGUAUGCGGCGCCGACAUCACGCUGACGGUGCGCAUCCGCUGUGCGGGAGGCUGCAAGGACUUUGAUUUAUGUGGCACCUGCUUUUGCACGGGCUCCGAGAUCGGGCAGCACAAAGCGUGGCAUGACUACCGUGUGAUUGAGCAGCACUGCACGCCCAUCUUUUGUCCUGACUGGGGCGUCGACGAGGAGCUUUUGCUCAUUGACGGGUGCCAGAUAUACGGUGUCGGCAACUGGAUGGAUAUUGCCGACCAUAUCGGCAACCGUGGGAAGGAGGAAGUCGAGCAGCACUUUAUCGACGUGUACAUCGAAGGCCGGAAUGGCGUGCCUUCCGGUGACGAGCGUGCGCAGCGCGCCGUCGACGAAUGGCGCGCUGCGCAUCCACGCAGUCCGUCGUUCCAAGGCGAGGAGCGCCUGCCUGUCGUCGGCCCCGAUCCCGACUUUACGACAGACAAGAGCGCCGACACGUUCCAGCGCGAGCGGCGCGAGCGCAUCGAGCGCCUGCGGGCGGCGCAGGCGGCGUUUGUGGUGCCGAAGCCCGGUAAGCCGCUGGUUUCCGGCCCCACGACGCACAGUGAGCUGGCUGGUUUUAUGCCCGGUCGCCUGGAGUUUGACCACGAGUAUGAGCAGGACGCGGAGCAGCCGAUCAAGGACAUGGAGUUUGGGAAGGUGUACUCGUUUGGAGGCGAUCGGCUUCCGACAGAGCUGGAGGCACUCGGCACGGGCGCGACGCAAGGCAAGCCGCGCAUGGAGAGCAGCCAGCGCGGCGGUCCGAAGCACGUCGCCACACCGCCUGACGAGCCGGAGGACGAGACGUUUGCGGACGCGCUCGAGGGACAGCCGAUGGCUGUUGACGAGGCGGCGCCGCCUGCGGAGAAGGAAGAGGCCAAGGCGGACGAGGCGACGGACGACCGCGCGCCCGACUGGGACGAGGACCCGGCCGACCUGGAGCUGAAGCUCGCUGUGCUGGACAUUUACAACGACCACCUCGAUCGGCGUGCCUCCAAAAAGCGGUUCCUGCUCGAGCGCAACAUCAUCGACUACCGCCGCCUCGUGGCGUCGGAGCGCCGCCGACCCAAGGAGGAGCGCGACCUGCUCGCUCGGAUCAAGCACUUUGCGACGCUGCAGACCGCCGCGGACUUUGAAGAGCUCUUCCAUAACCUGUGCUACGAGGAGGCACUGAAAAAGACGAUCCGCCAGCUGCAGCAGUACCGGCGCAUGGGCAUCACGACGUUUGCCGAGGCCGCGCGCUACGACCGCGAGCUGGCGGAGCGCACCAAGCGGCAGCUAGAGGCCGCCGAGGGGCACCUGUCGCUGCAUGCGGCGUCGUCCUCGGGCCGCUCGCGGCACCGCGAGCGCAGCCAAUCCGUGGCGGACAAGGGCCCGGACGAGGAGUUUGCAUUUGCGAGUGCGCCGUCGAUCCAGCUGCUCACGCGGGACGAACAGCAGCUGUGCUCGGCGCUGCACAUUCUACCGCAGCCCUUCCUCGUGCUAAAAGCGGCGCUGCUCACGUACAGCUAUGCGCACCACCGGGCGCUCACGCUGCAGCACUGCGAGCAGCUAUGUGCGAUCGAUCCGCGCAAGCUCGCGCAUGUGUACGACUUUUUCCGUGACAAGGGCUACCUGCAGGCCGUCGGUGCAGCAGGGGCCGGCACGCCGAGCGCCGCGGCCAGCUGA